AUCGCAACACCGUGAGCCUUUUCCAAAGAAGACCGAUCCAGCAGGAUGACGUCCAUCGCAGGCAAGCUGGCCCGCCAGAACGAACGGGCCGAAGGCAUGGGCACCAACAAGAAUGCCGUGAAGUUCUGCAACCAGGACUAUUCCACCCUGAAGACCCAGUGCCUGCAGAAAGGCCGUCUGUUUGAAGACGACACUUUUCCUGCAGGGAGCAGCUCCCUGGGAUUCAACAUCCUGGGCCCUAACUCCAGCGAGACUCAAGGUGUGGUCUGGAAAAGGCCAAAGGAGCUGUGCAAGAACCCAUGUUUCAUUGAUAAUGGAGCCACCAGGACAGAUAUCUGCCAAGGACAGCUGGGUGACUGCUGGCUGAUGGCUGCCAUCGCUUCCCUGACUCUGGACCAGGAAAUCUUGGCUCGCGUUGUCCCACCUGGGCAGAGUUUCCAGGAAAACUAUGCUGGAAUCUUCCAUUUCCAGUUCUGGCAGUUUGGGGAUUGGAUCGAUGUGGUGAUCGAUGACAAGCUGCCGACGAGAAAUGGGAAACUGGUAUUUGUUCAUUCGAGUCAAGGCUCUGAGUUCUGGAGCGCCCUGCUGGAAAAGGCCUAUGCCAAGUUGAAUGGCUGUUAUGAGGCUCUGUCUGGGGGAUCGGCCACUGAGGGUUUUGAGGAUUUCACCGGUGGAAUAUCGGAGAAAUACGAGCUGAAAAAUGCUCCAUCGUACCUCUUCAAAGUUAUCCAGAGGGCGCUGCAGCUGGGAUCACUCUUGGCCUGCGCUAUUGAAGCUAGAAGUUCCAAUGAAAGAGAGGCAAUAACGCCUUUGAAGCUGGUGAAAGGACAUGCAUACUCCCUCACUGCUGCAGAGGAGGUGCAUUACCAAGGGAAAACGGUUGAGCUGGUGCGACUCAGGAACCCCUGGGGUAACGUGGAAUGGACCGGGCCCUGGAGCGACAGCUCGGGAGAAUGGAACCGAAUCCUCCCAGAAGAGAAAGCCAAGCUGGUGAAUGUUGCCGAAGAUGGAGAAUUUUGGAUGGCUUUUUCAGAUUUUCUACAGAGUUUUGCCACCCUGGAGAUUUGCAACCUGACCCCAGACACACUGACUAGUGACAAGCUGAGCUACUGGAACCACUACCAGUUCAGCGGGCAGUGGAAGGUGGGCUCGACUGCAGGAGGCUGUCUGAAUUUCCCAGCCACCUUCUGCUCCAACCCUCAGUACGCCAUCAAGCUCGAGGAUGUGGACGAUGACCCCUUUGAUGGAGAAGACAGAUGCACCCUCCUGGUUGGCCUCAUGCAGAAGGAUGGGCGGAAGCAAAAGAAGCUCGGAAUAGAGCUGAAUUACAUCGGCUUUACCAUAUUCAAGGUCCCUCCUGAGUUUAAGGGUCGUACCGAUGUCCACCUGGGUCAGGAGGUUCUGCUGCGCAACAGUCCUGUGGCCAGAAAUGGAUCCUUCAUCAAUGCUCGUGAGGCCUGCACCCGCUUCCACCUGCCCCCGGGGGAGUACAUCAUCAUCCCCUCCACCUUUGAUGCAAACAUGCAGGGGAGCUUCCUUCUGCGUGUCUUCACUGAGAAGCAGGCGAUUGCCAGUCAAGUGGCAGCGACCAUCAGCGUGAAUGUAAAGGAGCCAAAGCUUCUUCAAAGCCACACUGAUCCUGAUUUUAAGACCCUUUUCAACCAGACAGCUGGAAAUAAAUCAGAGGUGUCCGUUUUCCAGCUUAUUCAAGUUCUGAACAAUAUUCUGUCCAGAAGAUCCAAGAUUAAAACAGCUGGUUUUAGUCUUAACACCUGUCGUGAUAUCGUCAGUCUUUUGGAUAAAGACGGAAAUGGCAAGCUGAACCUCGAGGAAUUGCAUGUUCUCUGGCAGAAGAUCCAAAAGUACCUGGAAGUCUUCCAAAGUGUUGAUACGGAUAAUUCUGGCACCAUGAGCACCCAUGAGAUGAGAGAGGCUCUAGCCAAAGCAGGAUUCCAGGUGAACAACGCAGUGCUUCAGGCCAUAGUGAGUCGCUAUGCCGGUCCGGAUUUCUCCAUCAACUUUGACAGCUUUGUGAGCUGCCUGAUUCGACUGGAGAUGCUGUACAAAAUGUUUACCGCUCUCGACGGAAAGAAAACCGGCAAGAUAGAGCUGGACAUGCUGAAGUGGUUUUGCCUGGCUCUCCAUUAAUCCCCGAAGACCAUCAGUCUCCCUCGGCAUUUUCACUUCUUCGGAACACUAUAAAAUGUGGAGGAAUGUGCUAAAGAGCAAAUUAAAUUCGAUCCUACAACACUACACUCUCUUAUAAUUUAUGCUGUAUUUUAUUUAAUUCUAUUAUUUUAAAUUUAAUUUAAGUAUUUUUUUCAUGCGGCGCAUCAUACAAACAGAUCUGCUUGAAGUAUCACAUUUUCUCUUCCAUUAUUUCAUAAUGACUGUUACAGUACAACACUAAUUUUAAUUACUUCUAAUACAUCCAAUGCAACCUAACUUCAUUACAGUUGGUUAGGAUGGUACAUUGUUAAUCUCUGCAGGGAAUUUCUCAAAUUACCUGUCAUCAAGUACAAUUUUAAUCAGUGCAAUCUGAAAAUACCAAAAUUUAACAAAAAAAUCUAAAAAUAUAAAAUAUUCUAUUGUAUAAAUUACCAGGAAUUAAAAUCUUGCUUUAAUAUACUG